UUCGUUCACCUCUAAUUGCAACAAUCGUCUAAAACAAGCCAGUCAUUCGGAGCGGCCUUUUCUUUAAAAAACAAAGUUUAAUUCUACAAAUAAAAAGUAGAGAAUGGAUCCCAGCUUUGAUUUUACCGAUACUCCCGUCAGCACCGGCACCACAAUCAUGGCGGUGGAGUUCGACGGUGGAGUUGUAAUUGGAGCGGAUUCCCGCACCAGCUCCGGGGCCUAUGUGGCUAACCGAGUCACCGACAAGCUGACCCGCAUCACGGAUAAAAUAUACUGCUGCCGCAGUGGCUCCGCCGCCGAUACCCAGGCCAUCGCAGAUAUCGUGGCCUACUCGUUAAACUACCAUGAGAACCAGACCAACAAAGAGGCUCUGGUCUUCGAGGCCGCCUCCGAGUUCCGUAACUUCUGCUACAAUUAUCGGGAUUCCCUGCUCGCCGGCAUCAUUGUGGCCGGAUGGGACGCGCAGGCCGGCGGUCAGGUGUACAGCAUUCCGUUGGGUGGUAUGCUGACGCGCGAGGCCUGCACUAUUGGUGGUUCCGGAUCCAGCUUCAUCUAUGGAUUUGUGCGCGAACACUAUCGUCCCAACAUGUCGCAAGAAGAGUGUGUGACGUUUGUGAAAAAGGCUGUUCAGCACGCCAUCUACCAUGACGGUAGCUCCGGUGGAGUGGUGCGCAUCGGCAUCAUCACCAAGGAUGGCAUUGAGCGCCGCCUGUUCUACAACACUGAAUCCGGCGCCUCCGAGGUCUCGAGCACUCCGAGCUUCAUCACAGCAUAGGUAAUCGAUUCUCCCAAUUAACGCAUAAGAUCUAUCCGAGACAGAGUUGCAAACUCGGCUCAUGGGAAUAAAAUUGGUUUUUGUAAUAUGGAUA